UUUCGCAUCCAAUAUAAUCAAAUGUAAUGGACCAUCAAAGACUACGCCUACCCCACCGACAGAAGAACCUACAACUCCUCUGAGACCAACAACCCCGCGCCCAUCUUCCACAACAGAACCUUCAACACUACCAACAACGAGUUCCCCAUCAACUAUGGUAGAUUCUUCCACUCAGUCAACCCCUACAAUAACAUCCACCCCAACUGUAACAACCCAACCCCCUACUAUGACUGAAUCCACGCCAGCAAUAACAAGUUCCACAUCGACUAUGACAGAUUCUUCUAUCCAGUCGACCUAUUCAAUAAUAUCGCCUUCUUCCUGGGCAACAGAAAUUACAAGUAUGGCUGAAACACCAUCAGCAACAAUAAGUUCCACGUCGUCUAUGACAGAUUCUUCCACGCAGUCAACCCCUUCAAUAACAUCGACCCCAACUGUCACAAUAGAACCCACAAGAAUUACCAACAUCCCACCAGACGGAACAAAUCCCCCACCAGGCCCAGAAACUUCUCCUCCCUCGAAAUCCCCUGCAAACACAUCAGACGAACCGCAAGACACGACGGAUCCCACUCCGUACGAGACCCCUUCUUCAAAACACACAACCUCUCCCUGGCUAACAGGCUUCACAGUGAAAACAACUCCACUCACACCAAACACAACGGAAGUCAUCACUACAACAUCAGCACCAAACACCACUUCCUUUUCCACUGAAUACCCGGAUGAGGACAUGUGCGCCUUAAUGCCCUGCGAAAACGGAGGCAUCUGUGCAGAUGGACAAGGCGAAACCUUUUCUUGUGUUUGUCCACCAAAUUUCACUGGGAAAUUCUGCCAAAAAAGAGUCAAUGGUUGGACAUGCACUUGUGAAGGAUGCAAUCCUCAGACCUUCGAGUGUACCGGGGAUCCACUCUCCCCCGAAUGUGACUGUGUCAACUGUGAUUGUGACAUCUAAAGGGUCAACGCUGCCACUAGAUUGUUAGGCUUGUAAAGCCAACAAAUGCAGCACGUUAUUUACAUACUCUUCAGACGACAAUUUAUUGCGCGCUCGCGUGCUACCGGUAUGCUAGGGUUGCCUUUUCUUUCAGUCUUAUCCCAUGGACUCGUAUGGAACGGAUGGGCUAAUGUUGCUGCGUAGCUUAAAAGAAAAAUACACUGAAGACAAUCGUGUGAUCUCUCUUUUACCGUUAAUGACACUCUUGUCAUCAACGCGAUCUCUGUUCAUAUACAGGUAAGUUACGACCUCCUGUUUAGCCAGAUGUGACGCAAUGCGUUUUCUGUCUCACCCAACACAAUCAAACAAUUGUUGAACUUUUUCUGGAUUUAUAAUUAUUCCCUACCUGUAUCAAUGGUUAUAAUAGCUGUGAAGUUCGAACGGAAAUGAUUCUAGAUCUACAACACCAACAGCACAUAAUAACUAUGUACCAAGCUAUAUAUAUUUGCACAGAAACAUAUUGCUUUUAACCAUCCAGGGUGCAAUUAAUAAUAAGGAAAAGAGUACUGUAUAUGAACAGAAAAUUAACUUGAGUCAUAUUUUACUAUUAUAUUAUAUCAUAGGUAUGAUGUUUCCGUAUAUAAAAGUUUUUGUUCUGUGGGAAUGGGAAUCAUCCUGAGAUCUCUCC